AAAGGAAAGAGAAGAAGAAAAAGAAAUUGUAGAAAAUUUACUUUGUGUGACACAUUCCAAAAGUGUUUUUUGCAAGAGUGGGACUUAAUUUUAAUAUUUCACACACAAAUUUUAUUUAAACAACAAUAAAAAAUGGCCAACUAUUCCGAAGAUCAAUUAGCUGAAUUCCAAGAAGCCUUCAAUCUAUUCGACAAUCGUGGUGAUGGCAAAAUCCAUGUCGGUCAAGUCGGUGAAUGUCUACGGGCCUUAGGUCAAAAUCCCACCGAAUCGGAUGUAAAGAAAUGCACACAUCAAUUGAAACCCGAUGAACGCAUCUCUUUCGAAGUCUUCUUACCCAUUUAUCAAGCCAUUUCCAAAGCCAGAUCUGGUGAUACAGCCGAUGAUUUCAUCGAAGGUCUGCGUCAUUUCGAUAAGGAUGCCAGCGGUUUCAUUUCAUCGGCCGAAUUAAGACAUUUACUCACCACCUUGGGUGAAAAGUUAAUGGACGAAGAAGUUGAACAGUUGUUGGCCAACCAAGAGGAUUCACAGGGCAAUGUCAAUUACGAGGAAUUUGUACGCAUGGUUAUGAAUGGUUAAAUACACAUAUUAACAAUAAAAGACAGCCGAUAAUGGAGAAGCCAAAUAUCAACUUUAUAUUUGUUAUUUAUACAACAACAAGCCCCUACAACCACAAACGUUUUUUUACAUUUUUCAUUCCUUAUAAAUAAAGUUUUUUAAUCCCAGAAAAAAAAGUAGAACAUGAAAAAACAUAUAAAUUUCGGCAACUAAACUUAAGUAGCAACCAAUUUACUUCCUAAAAACCUUUCCACAUUUAAACAAAAAAAGUAUUUCGUAGAGUAUUUUUUGUCAAAUAAUUUAUUUCUUGUUUGCAUUUAAAAAAAAAAUUAUUUAAUUAAAAAAAAUUGCCUCUUUUUAGCGCAAGUGUAUUAAACUUUUUUUUCAAAUUUUUUUUAUAUAAUUAUUAUAUGUAUGUAUUUUUAAAAAAUAUAUUCACACAUCUUAUAAACAACAUAUUUUUUACUAAUUUUGUAAUAAUAAUGUAAAAACAAAAA